AUGCCUCCCCUCCCUGUCCCCUUGCUCCUGACACUGCUACAGCUUGUAGUACUUACUUAUGUGAGUGGUGGGGCAUACUACGGACACAAGCAACACCCUCAGCCAUACCAGCAAAUGCAGCACCUCCAACACAUGGGCAUGGGCAAAGAAGGCUUUCCCCAACAGCAGUACCUUGGAAAAGAGGUGCCCUAUAUGCAGUAUCCCCACUACAGGAAGGAGCUUCCUCAGGUGCCCAUGCACAAAGGCAAAGAAAAUGCUCGUAAAGGUGGCAGCUAUAAUGGUGGCCAAGACAAAGGUCAGACAAUCCCUAGUGGUGCUGAGGGAAUUCCCCAAGGAGAGCCGGGUCCAGCUGGGCCACCUGGACCAGAGGGACCUCCAGGACCUCCUGGACCUCCAGGCAACGGACAGCCAGGACCUGCAGGUCGACCCGGACCUCCUGGUCCACCAGGAGUGCCUGCAGUGGGAAAACCAGGUUUACCAGGACUGCCAGGCAAGCCAGGAGGAAAUGGUGAGGGUGGACCACAAGGAGAAAUGGGCCCUAGGGGUGAUGAAGGGCCAGCUGGACAGCCAGGGCCUCAAGGUCCCCCAGGACCACCUGGGCUACCAGGAAUAGGUAAACCUGGGGUACAAGGAUUACCAGGUCAACCAGGGCCCAAAGGAGAGCCAGGUCACAAAGGUCUUCCAGGACUUCCAGGAUUACCAGGACCCAAAGGAGAGAAAGGGAUGGGCCAGCCAGGACAACCUGGUCACAAAGGGCUCCCAGGUCCCCCAGGACCAGCUGGCCCAAGAGGGCUUCCUGGUUUUGGAAAACCUGGGUUGAACGGGGCACCAGGCCCACAAGGACCACCGGGAGAGAAAGGAUAUCCUGGAGAUCAAGGAGCAGCUGGGCCACCUGGUGAAGGAGGACAGCCUGGCCCACCAGGUCUACCUGGUCAAGGAAAGCCAGGUCAAAAUGGCCUGCCAGGACAGCCAGGCAUGCCAGGUGGGAAAGGUCAUCCAGGACCACCAGGUUUGCCAGGAAAGCCAGGACUGCCUGGAUUUGGUAAACCAGGUCUCCUAGGACCAAAGGGCGACAAAGGUAUGGGUGGGCCACCGGGAUCUCCAGGACCAAAAGGAGAUAAGGGUCAUGGAGGACUCCCUGGAAUGCUUGGACCCCCUGGACCAAAUGGUCCACCAGGUCCUCCAGGCCUUAUGGGACCCCCAGGAGGUUUAGGUGCACCUGGUCCUAAAGGAGAAUGUGGAGAAGGAGGACCUAAAGGGCUUGAUGGAGCCCAGGGAGACCCUGGUCCAUCUGGGAUACCUGGUAAGGAUGGUCUGCCAGGAGAUCGUGGAGAGCCAGGACCAAGAGGUCCACCAGGACCAAGUGGCGCCAAAGGAGACGAUGGGCAUAAAGGUCUACCUGGUACACCUGGUCCUCCAGGACUUCCUGGGCCAAAAGGACAAAGCGGAUUACCUGGUGAUAUGGGACCUCAAGGUCCUAAAGGAAUCCCUGGAAUGGAUGGCGCAGCUGGACCAUUGGGGCCUCCUGGUCCUCCGGGGCCAAAAGGAGAAAGUGGUCCACCUGGUCCACCAGGCAUUGUAGGUGAGGGGAGUCCAGGUAUUAAUGGUCCCAUUGGACCCCCAGGGAAAGAGGGCCCAUCAGGACCCCCAGGACGACCAGGUCAAGCAGGCCCUCCUGGACCACCAGGCCCACCUGGACCACCUAGUAUGUCUCCGGACAUGGCAGGAGUACUCUCUGAGAUGGGCCCUGGACUAGAUGGUGUUAAGGCUGGUAGUUAUGGUAAGAAGGGCAAGUAUGGAGGGAAUGGGGCAGAAGUAAUGGGUGCUAGUGGGUUGGAAAUGCCAGCAUUCACAGCUGUAGCAACAACUCCCUUUCCACCUGUGGGCACUCCAGUCAUCUUUGACAAGCUCUUGUACAAUGGUCGCCAAAACUACAACCCCCAGACAGGAAUUUUCACCUGUGACAUGCCUGGCAUUUAUUACUUUGCCUACCACAUUCAUUGCAAAGGAGCUAACGUGUGGGUGGCUUUGAUGAGGAACAAUGAGCCAGUUAUGUAUACAUAUGAUGAAUACAAAAAGGGUUUCCUAGAUCAAGCAUCAGGGAGUGCAAUAUUGCCUCUGCAACCUGGGGACACUGUGUAUAUUCAGCUGCCCUCAGAUCAGGCCUCAGGACUUUACGCUGGGCAGUAUGUGCACUCUUCCUUUUCCGGGUAUUUGUUAUAUCCGAUGUAA